UACCGGAGGGUGCGGCCAGCACUGGAGGUGGAGUCGGGAUUUUUACCAAGCUGCGAGUCCAGAGCCCGCGCUGUCAACGACGCGGUGCUGCCUUGUUUUCCGAGCCGCUGCGGGAGGGGACGAGACGCGCUCCCUUAAGCGGCCGGCGACCCACACAGACGACGAACCUGGACAGAGCCGAGGCCCGCAGCUACCUAGCCAUUGCGACCAGGCCUCUGCGCAGCCGCCCUGGGCUGGCGCCCUGGGAUUAGCUGCCCCCCACCGGGCAUGCGCGCCGACGUUCCGCCGCGCCCCGCGCAACCGGAAGUGGCCGGGCCCAAGGCGGAGGGACCCCGUGGAGCGGAAGUCACUCCGUGAGGCUGUGGAGACAGCGGCAGCGAGAGGAUGAACAACAAGUUCGACGCCUUAAAAGAUGAUGACAGUGGGGACCAUGAUCAGAAUGAAGAAAACAGCACACAGAAAGAUGGUGAGAAGGAAAAAACGGAACGAGACAAGAAUCAGAACAGCAGCAAAAGGAAGGCUGUUGUCCCUGGACCAGCAGAACAUCCCCUUCAGUACAACUACACUUUCUGGUACUCCAGGAGAACCCCCGGCCGUCCUACCAGCUCGCAGAGCUAUGAACAGAAUAUCAAACAGAUUGGCACCUUUGCCUCUGUGGAGCAGUUCUGGAGGUUUUAUAGCCAUAUGGUACGUCCCGGGGACCUGACAGGCCACAGUGACUUCCAUCUCUUCAAAGAAGGAAUUAAACCCAUGUGGGAGGAUGACGCAAAUAAAAAUGGUGGCAAGUGGAUUAUUCGGCUGCGGAAGGGCUUGGCCUCCCGUUGUUGGGAGAAUCUCAUCCUGGCCAUGUUGGGGGAACAGUUCAUGGUUGGAGAGGAGAUCUGUGGGGCUGUGGUCUCUGUCCGCUUUCAGGAGGACAUUAUUUCAAUAUGGAAUAAGACUGCCAGCGACCAAGCAACCACAGCCCGAAUCCGGGAUACACUUCGGCGAGUGCUUAACCUACCUCCCAACACCAUUAUGGAAUACAAAACUCACACCGACAGCAUCAAGGACAAUUCAAGCUUUCGAAAUACAAAAAUCACAUUGUGAAAGUACACAAGCUGGCAAUAAUCCUUUUCUGUGUGUGUGUGUUUGUCCGAAAUGGAUGGGAGGCCUCCAGCCAGUCCUUCCAUCUGCUCACUGAAGGGACGUCCCUGAGCCGUGUGCUCCCCUUUUGCACUCAUUCCUGGAGGACGGAUUCCGCUAGACACCCUCCAGCAUCGCUGACUUUAUAAAGCGGAAAAAUGGCAAACAUGACUUUGUAAUAGACAAACAUUGUUUUUUAAUGGGGUUCUGUGGGGGGGAGUUCAGCCUUUCAUUUUGCUGUGUGCUGUCCAGAUGCCUCCUGGGCGUCCUGUUUUGCUCUUCUCAUGCUGUACGAAGGGCAUUGUGACCACGUGUACAUGCCAGAGCUGUGGAUGAGAGAAAUCAGUAUUAUGAAUGUCUGUGCAUCCAGGAAAAGCUUUCUGUUGGAGAGCCCGGAAUAGCUGUAAAUGCUCUCUUCUAGCUCUGCCAUUAAAUUAUUGGGACAUUUUGUUUCUUUCUCUCCCCUCUUCCCCCAACCUGGCCACUUUCUGAAGCUGUGUUACUGAUGUGAUGAUUGUCCAGGAUUUGGUGUCAUCUCCUGCCUUAUGCCCUCCAGUCUUCCCUCCUAUGGGACUCUUUGCUUCUUAGGCACUGCUGCACUUAAGAAUUGUAAUCCAGUGGGGUCAUGCUGGUUUCCCUGAGGCAGCUUAGAGGGAAUGCCUUGGUAAGAAACUGGAGCAGAAUCCAGUUUGACCAGGAGCUAGCUUAUAACAUAGGCUCCAAGUGCAGGAUUUGGAGCUGAGGGCAGUGACUCAGAUCAUUUUCUCAGAUGAGCAGGGCUGGUGUGUCAAGCCUGUUUCUGUGGGAUCCUGUAUGCCCCUCAUCAAGGAAGGGAAGCGAAGCUGGUUAUUGCCAGGCCUGUUAAUACUUAAUAUGUAAAUUCUAUGAUCCUGAAACUGGGACUUCUGAAGGAAAGGUGACCUUGCUGGAUGACUUUAUUUGCAUGGCUGUGCCUGUCUGUGAAGGUUGGAAAACCCUACUUUCAGUCCUCAUCACCUGGUAUGUAUGUUAGCAAAUGUGUGCUGGUCUGUGAUGCCCAGACAGAAACCUCUUGAAGGUCAUUGCAGGCAUGCUUUGAAAACGACCCCGUCACUUAUUAGAGAGGCUGGGUGAUCUCACUGCAGAAGGACUAAAGUCAGAGAGGUCAAAAGAGCACCUAGGAUUCAAAUAAGUAAUGAGUCAGAGUCCUACAGCAACCUCCAAGUAGCAUUUCUUACUUGGCUCUUGUGAGCAAAGAUUGCAGUACCUUAAAUUAAGGCCUCUCUUUAAAACAUAUCCUUGAAGGCUAGGGGAUCCUUGACAACCUGGUCUCAGAGAAAUCAUAUGAGAAUGGCAAGCAUUUCCUUACUGUAUUUAUAUUACUUUCUUCGUAUUU